AUGACAACUAUUCGGAAUACAAUCAAGAAGGAGCAAGAGCGUAUAAAUCAACGAUCAAAAACUCGUUCCGGAGCCCCAGCGAAGUUAACGGAGGAGGAUAAACAGAAGCUUAUUGAUUUGACAACUCAAAAUCCCCAUAUAAAAUAUGAGGAGCUUCGGAAUGCGGUUGAUAACAAAGUUACUAUUCGCACUAUACAAAACAUGUUUCAACAAAUCCAUAAAAGGAAAUGGAAGCAGCCCUGGGCUUUAAGAUAUGAGACUUAUACACCGCGUGAAUGGCAGCGUAUCCUUUGGAGCGAUGAAUGUACGGUUGAGCGCGGUAAAGGGGGACAAUUAAUAUGGACGUGGCAUUCCUUAAGUGAACAACUCCAGGAGCAUGACAUACGUGAGAUACGCACUGGGAUGAGCAUUAAAAAGAUGUU